UACAUAUUAAUUGUAUUUGAUGUGAAGCGGUGAUGAAAAAUAUGCAAAAAAUUAGUUCAAUGCCUUGACAAGGGUUUUCUUCACGGUAUUUUGUCAAGAAAAGAUUACGUCAUUGUUUCAUUCGUGCAAUCGGUCGGUUUGAAUGAUUAUUUUUUCUUUUUCUUUUUGCAAGAAGAAACGAAGUUAUAAUGGCAAAGGCACAACAUUUCAAUGCAGAGCCAGAUAGUUUUUAUGAUCCAAACUUCACCUUGGAUAUCAAUACACGAAUGCGUGUUCCAAAAAGCAUUCGUGUAAGUGGAGAUUACGCUGAAGACAGCACAAUAGCAAAUGGAUCGGCAUGGAAUCAACCUGCUGCAGAGAAAAUUGAAAUGCAUGUGCCAGAUAGAAUUCUUGUUGUUGGACAAGAACAACAUGUUGGCACAAAAGCUCCACCGCUAGAAAUUGCUUUGGAAAAUGCUGUUAUGACUCCUGAACUUGGAAUUAUUAGAGUACAGACUCCUCCAAGAAUCCUAACAUUGGACAACCAUUAUUUUCCAGCAGUAGAUGAAGAAGACCAAUCUGCUACAUGUGAAAAUAGAGAAACAGUUGCUAGGACAUAUAAUCCUGAGGUACAGAUUGUGAGACAUGUCAGAGAACAAACACCCUCUUAUGGUCCUCUUGAUGUUUCUUUACCACCCAGUGAAGAAGUACAGCAUUUACGCCGUCAAGUAGGUAAAUUGAACCGCAGGGUGAUGGCACUCGAACAAGAUUUAAUAAGUCGUCAACAGAAAGAAAAAAUGAUGUACAUAGCUACCAUAGCGUAUCUUAUAUUGAAAGCUUUCUCCUGGUUAAGUAGAAACUGAAUGAAAAAUGAAAGAGAGACAAAUGUCAGGGAUUCUUUACUAGAAAAAUGUUGUUAACCAUCAAUCUUGAGCCAUUCUUGCUAUGUGAAAGUAUAACCAAAGACUUUUUACCACAGUCUCGUGAAAUCAGACAGAACAAAAAUAAUCGACUACGUAUAUAUGAUACAAAAUAGAAAUAGAUAUGUAUGAUCAUUUCUAUUAUCUACAAUUAUUAACAACCGGUACAUUAUCGUGGCGAUUUAUCAUCUUUGCCGCGUUAAGAGCAAAAGUCUCGCUUAACUUUAAAAGACAUAUAUGUACUGUAUUAGAUUUGACAAUAUAGGUAUUAUUAUUCAUGUACAGUAUAUGGAGAAGUAAACUAAUAAAUUAGAUUAAUUUUCAUAUAAUAUAGACAACAUACGACAGUAACAGAUAUUUUGUUGAGAUACUACGUGCAUAUAUAACUCAAGUUUUUCUUCUUGAUAGAAACGAUUUAUUUUGGUGAUAUAACAUAUAUACGUGUGUGUGUGUGUGUGAUGUGAAAGUUAUAUCCUUUACUACAUUUAAUGAUUUAUUUCGAAGUAUAUCUCUGAUCAUUUUUUUUUUUGUAAUCAGACUUAAAGUUGUAGCUUCUUAUUCAGUAUGUAGAAUUGGAUGAAAUUGAUAAUAUUAGUGGAACGUUAUAUAUACAUGUAACUAUGAAAUUAGAUAGUGAAAUUAUAUUGUA